CUACAGGCAUUUGGUACAACACCUCAGGUACAACUACAGGCAUUUGGUACAACACCUCAGGUACAACCUCAGCCACAACAGCAGGCAUUUGGUACAACAUCUCAGAUCCAACUUCAGCCACAACAACAGGCACUUGGUACAACAUCUCAGAUACAACUUCAGCCACAACAACAGGCACUUGGUACUACAUCUCAGAUACAACUUCAGCCACAACAACAGGCACUUGGUACUACAUCUCAGAUACAACUUCAGCCACAACAACAGGCAUUUGGUACAACACCUCAGGUACAACUACAGGCACUUGGUACAACACCUCAGGUACAACUUCAGCCACAACAACAGGCACUUGGUACUACAUCUCAGAUACAACUUCAGCCACAACAACAGGCAUUUGGUACAACACCUCAGGUACAACUACAGGCAUUUGGUACAACACCUCAGGUACAACUUCAGCCACAACAACAGGCAUUUGGUACAACACCUCAGAUACCACUUCAGCCACAACAACAGGCACUUGGUACAACAUCACAACUAACCAUGGCGCACCCACAUCAACAACACCAAUGUAAUUCACAACCCUCCGUUACCCCUCAACCACCCUAUACCCCCCAGUCCUAUCAACCAGCCACCCCCUUAGCUCACAUGACACACAGCUCCCCUCCUUACCCCUCCCACUUAACACCUAACCCCCCUCCUUUCCUUCAUUCCCCUUCCUACCCUCCUGCCCCCCACCUCCCCUAUGUCCCCGCCCAGUAUUCCCCUUCCUCCGCGCCCCUCCCGGGUGGGUCUCCUCAUUUGCCAGCCUUAGCGGGGUUGUUACCCAAGCCGGUCGUGCCUAAAUUGAUUUGCAAUGACCUAUCGCGUGAUAAGGUGGAGCGCAACAGAGCAGUAGAGGACUGGCUCUGGCAGGUGGAUUCUGCCUUAGCGUCGGCGCCCAGCGAUCCUGUGAAGAUCCAUCUGGCCGCCGGGUUUUGCGUGGAUCCGAGCGGCCCUCUUAUGAAACUAGAGACGUUUAGACGUUUGGGCACAUGGCCAGAGUUCGUACAUGCGAUAAAACAACGGUACAAGGAGCGGAUCACGGAGGAAGAGGCUUACAGAUAUUUGUCAAAUCUUCGUCGCGACCCGAAUGUUACAGUCAAAGCGUUCGGUACUGUUGUGUUGAGUAGGGUCAGUGACCUCAGACAGGAACUGGGGUAUGACACAGCGGCGGUUGAGAGCUUGGCGAAACAGCUCUUUUGCAGAUCUUUACCUCCCACCAUUGGCCCGUUUAUUGCAACAGAGGGUCUCCAUAUGAGCUUUGAUAGAUUAUUAGAACACGCAUCCUGGUUCUGUGACGUGGAACAGACCGCAUCUCGGGUCAGCACCCAGCCGACCCCUUAUGUUAAUGCUAUUGCCGAUCCUGCAACAGUGCAGGUCGACAAGGGACCAGGGGACUUCCCACGACCACAGACCAUUACGAAAAGGGGGACAGGGCCUCCCCCUCGGCGGGUACACACAUACAAUAUUACGUGUUAUAAUUGUGGGGGUCGAGGACAUAUGCAGCGUGCCUGCCCUAGCGGGGUGUUUGAAGCCUGA